AGCACGACGGCGAGCAGUCCGGUGUUUCCUUCUCGUGGUCUGCUGAAACUGAGAUCGGUUUCGUGAAGGUCACCAGCGGGAUCGGGCGGGUUGCAGCUGCCCACCCUGCGGACUGGAUUCGGGGAGCACAAGGCGCUUUGGCAAGUUGUAAUAAUCAGCGCAGCGCGUCGCCUCCCCGCUCCAUAAUGAGAUUAUGCCAAGGCUGAGAAAGAAAGCAACGCAAAGCGAAAUCAGAAAAGGCUUGUGGGACCGAGUGGGCUCCGAGCGUCCUGCAAACGCAAAUGAGUGAAAGCCCCGUGCCGCAGAGACUGCGAAGUGGAGCGAGCGCCACUGACCUAAAUUGAGCGCUCGAGGAGGAGCCGAGCUUAGCGGAGCCAAGUCGCGGGCAAGGACUCGGGAAUCCCAUCUCUCCCGAAAGGCACCGCACCUGGGCGGAUCCUUUGGCCAGUCCGGUACCGUACUGCCGGUGCUCAGCUCACGGAAGAUACGCCGAGGAAUGUAUGUGGGGAACCGCUGAGUGAACACACGGACAGCAAUUUGUGAACCGAACUCUUGACCAGGAUGCUUCGGAAAAAAGGCUCCAUCCGUGCCUUGCAGGUGCUGGUCAUCUGGAUUCGCUGGGUCGGGGGCACCAGUCCUGACCAGUCAUGUGAUUCACUUCCAGCAACAUCGGAGAACAUCACAGGCUUGCAUUGUAAUUUCUCAGUUGAUCUUAUUGGGACGUGUUGGCCGAGAACAACAGCAGGGAGAGUCGUGUCCAGGUCCUGCCCCGAAUAUUUGUAUGGGGUCCGGUACAACACCACAAAUAACGUCUACAGGGAAUGCCUCCUGAAUGGAACGUGGGCAAUAAAAGUGAAUUACUCUCAGUGCCAGGAAAUCCUCAAUGAAGAGAAAAAGAGCAAACUGCAUUACCACAUUGCUGUGAUCAUAAAUUACAUGGGCCACUGCAUCUCCCUGGGGGCCCUGCUGGUCGCCUUCAUCCUCUUCAUGCGUUUACGGAGCAUCCGCUGCCUACGGAACAUCAUUCACUGGAAUCUGAUUACGGCCUUCAUCCUGAGGAAUGCCACCUGGUUUGUGGUGCAGAUGACCAUGAAUCCUGAGGUCCACGAGAGCAAUGUGAUCUGGUGCCGACUGGUGACUGCAGCCUAUAAUUACUUCCAUGUGACCAAUUUCUUCUGGAUGUUUGGAGAAGGCUGCUACCUGCACACUGCCAUUGUCCUCACAUACUCUACCGACAAGCUGCGGAAGUGGAUGUUUAUAUGCAUCGGUUGGUGCAUUCCUUUCCCAAUAAUUGUGGCAUGGGCGAUUGGAAAGCUUUACUACGACAAUGAAAAGUGCUGGUUUGGCAAGCGUGCAGGAGUUUACACCGACUACAUCUACCAGGGACCAAUGAUUCUUGUUCUGCUGAUCAACUUCAUUUUUCUCUUCAACAUUGUGAGGAUCCUAAUGACGAAGCUCAGGGCCUCGACAACAUCAGAGACAAUCCAGUACAGGAAAGCUGUGAAGGCCACCCUGGUUCUGCUGCCCCUUCUUGGGAUCACAUAUAUGCUCUUCUUUGUGAACCCUGGAGAGGACGAAAUUUCUAGAGUCGUCUUUAUAUACUUCAAUUCAUUUUUGGAGUCAUUUCAGGGCUUUUUUGUGUCUGUCUUCUACUGCUUUUUGAACAGCGAGGUCCGCUCGGCAGUCAGGAAGAGGUGGCAUCGCUGGCAGGAUAAGCAUUCCAUACGAGCCCGCGUAGCCAGAGCCAUGUCUAUUCCGACCUCACCUACGCGGGUCAGUUUCCACAGCAUUAAGCAAUCCACAGCUGUUUGAUGGCUAAACAGGGAAUAGAAGAUGGAGGACACAGAGUGUGGGAUGAAUGAUGGAGACUCUACUUUGGGAAUGGAGACUCAGUGGAACGUGACUGGAGUGCUGGAGCUGGAGAGGGACAGACUGGAGCACAUGUACCAUCAAGUACUUUGGGUAUUUUGUGGUUUAGCAUGAGUGGCCUUCAGUACCUUCGGGACAAGGUGGCAGGAAGACGCAUGAUGUAGAAAGACUCCCCUUCAAUUGUGUGCUUUGGCUUAAUGCCUAUAAUUGCUCAGCUUUCAGUGGGACUCCUUUGGAGAAUUUAACAAUGAAUUGAUAGGACCUUCAUGCACAAGUUAAGUAGGAAUAGCCAAGGCUGGAUGGCUGUCGACAUUAAUAUGGAUGCGUCAUAUCCUGAAAGGCUUUGGGUACUCAAGCACACUCAGUAUGUCACUCAUCAGAUGCACACUUGGACAGAAGACAGAAUACGUAAACUGCACAAAGAUGGCCAGCACACAUGUGUUGUGGGAUGAGGUGUGUGUUGUGCCCCUUCUAGCGACUAAUGGACAAGCCCACCACAGGAUAUCCCGAUGUUCACUUGUUCUGUUGUGGCAACACUAUGGCACCAUGUAGAGGUUCACUUUGGGCAGGACACCAGGCCAUCACAGGGCACACUGACACAAUGCCCAUAAAGGUCACCAAUUCACACAGAGGGAAUGCCUUUGGGGUAUGGCAGGGGGAGUGGGGGUACUGGAGUACCUGUAGGGGAAACCCACACCAACACAGAGAGAACAUACAAACUCCACACUAGUAACUAGACAGGGAACUGAACCGAGGUCUCAGGAAGCCAUUUUAAUUUAGGGUCCAAUUAAGAUCAUUCAGAAUGAAGAUCUUGAACAGUAACACUUCCAUGUAAUUCCAGCAUCACAUAGGCACUGGCAUCAGUGGGUAUGACUGGCUACACAAGUCAGUAGUCCACCGCAACCAUGACUGUGGUACGGAGCUUAUAGCUGACUUCAUGUUUAAUGGGAGGCCCCCCUACAGGACCCUGUUUGGCU